CACCGAGUCGUCUGGCAAGACAGUGGGCUCCGAGUCAAUAGGCACGACAGUGGGCACCGGGUCAUCAGGUAUCGGAUUGUCUGGCUCGACAGCGGGCAUCGGGUCACCAGGUAUGACAGCGGGCACUGGGUCACCAGGCAUCAGGUCAUUUGGCUGCCAGCGGGCACCGCGUCAUCUGGCAAGGCAGUGGGCACCGGGUCACCAGGUACCGGAUCAUCUGGAUCAACAGCGGGCAUCGAGUCAACUGGCCUAAUAGGAUCUCGGGCUGGAUCAGUUCAUCAUGCUGAGUAGCGGCAUCAGGCUGAAUGCAGGCAU